AUGUCGGACGAGGAGGAUAUCAACAUCGCGAACUCGCUUGCAGUAUUAUCAGAUGAUGAGAUAAGUAGUGAACAAGACUCGGACGGAGGAGAGUUCCAAGACGAGAUACUUUCACUGGAUGACGAAGAAUCAAAUGCACCACCAAAGAAAAAGGCUAAAACCAACAACCAGAGGCCAUUGCCAAGUCUUAAGUUGGUCGACGAUGAGAACUCUGCCGAGGAGGAUGACAAGAUUCUCACAUCCUUCUUCACUUCCAAUAAUCCCACUGCCAAAAAGGCAAAGGCAGGAACAUUUGCUUCUUUUGGAUUUUCAAAAUUCUUGCUCACCAAUAUCGCCAAAAAGGGAUACAAACUACCAACACCCAUACAGAGGAAGUCGAUCCCUUUGAUUAUUGAUAAUAGGGAUGUUGUGGGAAUGGCGAGAACGGGUUCGGGUAAGACGGCUGCGUUUGUUUUGCCACUCAUUGAGAAAUUAAAACUGCGAAGACCAACUGGGGUAAGAGCUGUCAUCUUGUCUCCUUCAAGAGAAUUAGCGUUGCAAACAUACAAACAGGUGAAGGAAUUCAGUCGUGGAACUGACUUGCAAUCGAUUGUUUUGAUUGGUGGAGACUCGUUGGAGGAGGAUUUUGGGAAAAUGGUGAGUAAACCCGAUAUAAUUGUUUGUACUCCAGGAAGGUUCUUGCAUUUAAAAGUUGAGAUGCAGUACGACUUAUCAACUGUGCAGUACAUUGUGUUUGAUGAAGCUGACAGAUUGUUUGAAAUGGGGUUCGCUGAGCAGUUGAAUGAGCUAUUGCUAGCUUUGCCCCAAAACAGACAAUCACUACUUUUCUCUGCCACAUUACCCAGAACUUUGGUGGACUUUGCGAAAGCUGGUUUAACCAAUCCGGUUUUGGUUCGUUUGGAUGCCGAGUCAAAAAUUUCCGAAAAUUUACAAAUGGCUUAUUUCACCACCAAGAUCAACGAAAGAGAAGCAAAUCUUUUAUACAUUUUGCAAGAGGUGAUCAAGAUGCCGUUGGGGACUCCAGAAGAAAUAAAGAAGCUUGUAACAAUGGAUAAAAGGGAAGCAGAAGAGAGCGACGAAGAGGACGAUUCGGGAAAGAAGAAGAAAUACAAGUUCAAAAAGGAAAGGAUGCCUGCGGCAAACCAACUCCCCUCGGAAAAAUCAACUAUCGUUUUCGUGCCAACAAAGCAUCACGUCGAAUAUAUAACAAAACUUCUAAGAGAUGCCGGCUACUUAGUGUCAUACAUUUAUGGUACUUUAGACCAGCACGCCAGAAAGAACCAGUUGUACCAGUUCAAGAUUGGUCUUACAAAGGUAUUGGUAGUCACCGACGUUGCUGCGAGAGGUAUUGAUAUUCCUGUAUUGGCCAAUGUUAUUAAUUUCACCUUACCAGGCUCCUCAAAAAUAUUCAUACACAGAGUUGGUAGAACUGCAAGAGCUGGUAAUAAAGGUUGGGCGUAUUCAAUUGUCAACGAAAAGGAAUUGCCGUAUUUACUAGAUUUGGAGCUUUUUUUGGGGAAAAAGGUCUUAUUAACGUCAAUGUAUGAGGCCAAGUGUGAAUUGUUGAGAAGCAAGCAAGGUGACUCAUAUAUACCACCUCACGUGAACUAUACGGAAAGACUUGUUGUUGGAUCGAUACCGCGCGUGGACUUGGAGACAUUCCAGGAAUUAUACGAGAACUUGUUGAAGAACAAUUAUGAGAUAAAGGUAUUGAAAGAUGUGGCUACAAAGGGAGAGAAGUUGUACCAUAGAACGAGACAAGCCGCAUCGCAGGAGUCCUUGAAAAGAAGUAAGGAAAUUUUGGAUACAAACUCGUGGGAUGACCAGCAUUUGCUUUUUGGAGAGAAUUUGGAGAAAAAGAAAGAGGACUUUUUGGCAAAGUUACAAAACAGGAAUGUCAAGGAGACUGUGUUUGAAAUCAAGAAAAAGGGUGUCAAGGAAAACGAUAGUCUUGCAGAAUUCAUGCACAAGAGGAGACGUCAAAUAGCUCCUAUCCAGCGUAAAGCGCAAGAACGUCGUGAGUUGCUACAGAAGGAGCGAUUGGCUGGAUUAAGACAUGGCAUUGAAGAAGAGCUUCUCAAGGCUGACGAUGAAAACAGUGGGUAUGUCCAGGAAGUGGCAGAUGACGAGUUGCAAAAUACAUUCGAGGACAGUGAACAGUUGCAACGAAAGAAAUCGUCUCGUGAUCCCCAACAUUUUCUCAGUCAUUAUGCCCCUGCCGACGUCAUUCAAGACCAACAGUUGUCCAUUGCGUCUUCGUUUGCCAACGAUGCCCAAGCCGCAGCUUUUGACUUGGAUAAUGAUGACAAACUUCAAGUGAAUAAACAAGUGAUGAAGUGGGAUAAAAAGAAAGGCAAGUAUAUCAAUUCGCAAUCUACAGAUAAAAAGUAUAUAAUCAGUGAGAACGGUACAAAGAUCCCGGCAUCUUUCAGAUCAGGCAAAUUUGAUGAAUGGAAAAAGCAAAGAAACUUGAAACAUACUACUGCUCCUGCUGCUGCCAAUGAAGCACAGGAAAAUGCACAUAGAUUCAAGCACAAGAAGCAAAGCACGCCCAAAUUGCCAGACAAAUACAGAGAUGAUUAUCACAAGCAAAAGAAAAAGGUUGAAAAGGCGCUUGAUUCAGGUUUGAGAGUCAAAGGAUACAACAAGCCUGGACAACAGCAAGAGUUGAAAUCUACUGAACAAAUUAGAAAGGCUAGAGCAUUGAAGGAGCAGAGAAGAGCAAAGAAUGCUCGUCCUAGUAGAAAAAAGUGA